AUGUCUCAGUCAAUGGUUUCAAAGAAGAGAAGAGAAUUUAUUGGUCUCUCCGCACCGUUGGGCUACGUUGCUGGUGUUGGCCGUGGUGCCACUGGUUUUACGACUCGUUCCGAUAUUGGUCCAGCAAGAGAGGCCACAGAUGUUUCAGACGAACGUCACAUGGCUCCGUCCAAGCGGAAAAAAGAGCAAGAAAAGGAGGAGGAAACCGAAGAAGACCUUAAUGAAUCAAAUUACGACGAGUUCACAGGUUAUGGUGGCAGCAUUUGCUCAAAAGAUCCCUACGAAAAGGAUGAUGAGGAGGCAGAUGAGAUCUACGCCUCAAUCGAUGAGCGAAUGGAUGAGCGUCGCAAAACUUAUCGUGAAAAGCGCGAAGCCGAAGAAAUUGAGCGCUAUCGAAGGGAACGGCCAAAAAUUCAGCAGCAGUUUGUUGACCUUAAAAGAGAACUAGCAAGUGUGUCAGAGAGUGAGUGGCUUAGUCUCCCCGAAGUGGGCGACUCACGCAACAAGCGUCAGAGGAAUCCUCGAGCUGAAGUCUUUACGCCUGUCCCGGAUAGCAUUUUGGCUAAAGGACUUCAAGAUUCUCAGAUAAACACAAAAUUGGAUCCAACAGAGCAGCUUCUGGGCGGAUUGACCACACCUUUUGGUGCUCAAACGCCCACAGGUGACAUUGACAUGAAAAAAAUUGGACAGGCUCGCACAUCGUUGAUGGAUAUCAAACUUAAUCAGGUAUCAGACAGUGUGUCAGGCCAAACAGUAGUGGAUCCAAAGGGAUACCUUACAGACCUGCAGUCGAUGAUCCCACAGUAUGCAGGCGACAUCAACGACGUGAAGAAGGCCAGACUACUUCUCAAGUCAAUGCGUGAGACUAAUCCUAAGCACCCACCUGGUUGGAUCGUCUCUGCGCGGCUUGAAGAAAUCGCUGGUAAAUUACAGGUCGCGCGUAACCUAAUAAUGCGAGGCUGUGAGAAAUGUCCCAACUCGGAGGAUGUGUGGUUGGAAGCAGCUCGCCUCUGUCCUCCUGACCAGGCGAAAUCAAUCGUUGCACAGGCCAUCACUCACUUACCUCAGUCAGUUGGCCUCUGGGUCAAAGCCGCCAACUUGGAGACCGAGCUAAAAGCCAAGAGGACUGUCUUUAAGAAAGCGCUAGAAAGUGUGCCGAAUUCGGUGCGACUGUGGAAAUUGGCAGUUGAGCUGGAGGAGGAGGAGGACGCGAGGGUAAUGCUUAGCCUGGCGGUGGAAUGUUGUCCUACGUCGGCAGAAUUGUGGCUGGCGUUGGCGCGACUGGAGACCUACGAGCAGGCUCGAGUGGUCCUCAACAAGGCCCAUGAGCAAAUCCCUACAGAGCGACAAAUUUGGUUUGCUGCUGCCCGCCUAGAGGAAGCAAACGAACAGUGCGCUCGUGUAGGCAAAAUCAUCGAUGCAGGGGUUCAGUCGCUUAAGGCCAACAUGGUGGAGAUUAAUCGCGAUGAGUGGAUCAAGGAGGCUGAAGAGUGUGAGAAGGCCAAGUCCAUUCUCACUGCUCAGGCUAUCAUCAAAGCUAUCAUCGGUCACGGAAUAGAGGAGCAGGACAAGAAACACACGUGGUUGGCAGACGCGGAGGCGUGCGCAACAAACGGAGCAAUCGAGUGUGCACGGGCUAUCUACGCCGUGGCACUGGCCCAAUUCCCCAAAAAGAAGAGUAUCUGGCUGCGCGCUGCCUACUUUGAACGCAAUCAUGGUACCAGGGAAACACUGGAGGAGUUACUGGACCAGGCAGUAAUGCACUGCCCUCAUGCGGAGAUUCUUUGGCUCAUGUCUGCAAAGUCGAAGUGGCUCGCUGGUGACGUGCCAGCAGCGCGGUCGACACUAGCAAAUGCUUUCCAGGCGAAUCCCAACUCAGAAGAAAUCUGGCUGGCGGCGGUAAAGCUAGAGUCGGAAAAUUCAGAGUAUGCACGCGCACGUCGCUUGUUGGCGAAAGCACGUUCCUCCGCGCCAACAGCGCGAGUGUGGAUGAAGUCGGCGCGUCUCGAGUGGUGUCUUGGUGACCUCGGCGUCGCAGAGCAAAUGCUCGAAGAGGGCUGUGCCAAGUAUCCCCUUGAACCCAAACUCCACAUGAUGCGUGGCCAACUGGCCGAACUUCUUGCGAAACAGAAACCUGAGGAGCACGAAAAAUUCCUUGAACAGGCGCGUGACGCCUUUCGUGAAGGGACAAAGGAAAUUCCUCACAACACUACUCUGUGGAUCCUUCUCUCAAGAUUGGAGGAAAAUACAGGAAACAUGACGAAGGCCCGCUCUAUCCUCGAGAAGGGGAGGUCCAAAAACCCCAAGGAGCCAUCUCUCUGGCUGGAGUCUAUUCGACUGGAGAUGAGAGCCAACUUGAAGCUUGUGGCGGAAUCAUUGCUCUCCAAGGCUCUUCAAGAGUGUCCGAAUGCGGGGUGUUUGUGGGCGGAGGCUAUUUUUAUGACCACCCGACCUCAGCGCAAAAUGAAGUCAGUCGAUGCGUUAAAAAAGUGCGAACACGAUCCCCUUGUCCUCCUUGCUGUCUCAAAAAUGUUUUGGGCGGAGCGAUUAACUUCGAAGGCUCGUAGUUGGUUCAUGCGAACCGUAAAGCUGGAAUCCGACCUGGGAGACGCAUGGGCCUACUUUUACAAGUUUGAACAGCUUCAUGGGACUGAAGACCAGCAGAAGGAGGUACUGAAACGGUGCAUAGCGGCAGAACCGCGCCAUGGCGAGGCAUGGUGUAGAGUGAGCAAAGACUUCCGUAACUGGCGGCUUCGCACUGCUGAUCUCCUGCCAUUAGUUGCUAACUCCCUUCCCUUGCCUACUUGA